AUGCCUACCUUCAGCGAGGCUGAUGAUAUGUUCGCGGAAAACAAGACCACCAUCAUCGUAGGCGCGGGAUCCAUUGGCCUGUGGACUGCCUACCACCUCGCGCACGCAAAUCGUCGAGCCAGUCUCUCGAGCAGCAAUACCAUCAUCGCCAUAGAAGCAUCAGCGAGUGCGUUCGGAGAGACAUCCGGGACCUGCACAGGAUGCAUCCACCACAAAUUCAACGACGAGAUCAUGGACGAGUUUGGAAAGUACAGCUUCGCAGCCUGGCGUGAUUUGGCAGAGAGCAACGAGCUGUGCGACACCGCUGGACUCCGCUUCAAUUCCAUUCUUGGUUUGACCAAGGGUGAUGGAGAUGAUCAAGACCGUUUGCCGGAUUGGCUUCGAACGAGCGAUGUGUGGGGGGUGGACACCGAGUUCUUGGGUGUAAACAACGCGAUGGUUAAUCCAGUCGGCCUCGGCAGAUGGCUUGAAAGAGCAUGUAUUGAAAUGGAUGUUCGCAUUCAGACCUCUACAAAGGUCACUGCCGUUGAAUUGGACGAAGGAAACCGAGCCACUGCAGUAACCGUUGUUCAAGAAGACUCAUCCAAAGUCAAAAUCCCAUGCGACAACUUCGUUCUAGCCGGAGGCCCAUGGACCCCAGCGGUUUACAAAACAUUGUUCCCCUCCUCCUCGAUCCGCAUCGACUCAGCCACAGAGGCAGGCGACUGGAUCGUCUUCCGAAACCAGAAUCCUGUCGCGAAAAGCUCGGUGGCUUUUGUAGGCCUGAAAGACAUCGUAGAAGAGAAGUUGGAGUCGCAGGUCGCAACGACGGCACGAUCUGGGUUUGCGGAGCAAAAGAUCACACAGGCACGCUACCUUCAUUAG